GACGACCCAGCCCAGGCCUUGGCCAUGUGCGCCUUGGAGUUCGCGCUGCUCCAGUGUCGCAAGAGGAGAGCUAUCGAGGACGAGGACUUCGACCUCGCGCAGCAGGCCAAGGCCUGCGGGGCAGACGUGGCGGCCCGGGCCGCGGCGGCACGGGCUCGGUGCCCGGGCGCACCCGCACCAGCAGGCGACGCCACCGCGGAGCUGGACGCCGUCAGGGCCGAGAAGCGCGCGGCCGUGGAGGCGGAGGAGCCGGCGCGGGCGGCCUCGGCCCUGGGAGGGCACGGAGAGCGCGGCCGCAGCUGCGGCCCGCGCGUGCCUGCCGCGGCCAUGGCGACACCGGGGCAGCUGCAGAUGUACAACAAGAUGGAGGUUGGCGAGAUGUUCGGGCUGGACCACCGGGCAGAGCCGGACAUCUAUCCCGACGAGAAGGUGCCCGACGCGUGCGUUUUCCAUAUCUGGCUCGAGGACCACACCCUGGGCAACAUCCUCCGCAUGGAACUGCUCAGGAACGAGGCGGUUCUCUUCGCUGGCUACAAGGUGCCUCACCCGCUCAACCACAUGAUAGAGCUGCGGGUGCAGACGCUGCCGAAGACCACGCCAGAGGCCGCGGUGCGGCACGCCGUCGCCAACCUCAGGUCCGAGUGCAGGUCGAUGCUGGACCAAUUCGACAGCCAGGUGAAGGACCUGGAGGCCCGCGCCGCCAAGGACGCCGUGCCCACAGGGGCGCUGCUGGACGAGGACCGGCUCCACACCACCGACGCGGAGCUGACUGGAGCGGAGGGGACGACCAGCGGCCCCGAGCCCGAGGCGCCGUACUCGCCGUACUCGCCGGGGGUCGACGACAGGGACCAGCGCUUCCAGGAGCAGCUUGAGGAGUUCGAGCGGCUAGCGGGGGGUCAGGACUCCGACGCGGCGA